AUGGCACGACAACAUGCCACGUCUCCUUCACCCAAAAGCCAGCAGGUGCUUGCACUCAUUCGUGUUCUCGAGAAGCCAAAGAACUGUGGCGUAGAUGUGCAGCACUUCCGCGCAACGAUAGUGGAGGACCAGAAGAAGCUUAACGGACUGAUUGCAAAGCGGAAGCUCCAGGCCAACAAGCAAGAGCAACGCCACCGCGAUGAACUCGCAGCCAUCAUCCUCGAGGCCCUGCGAACCCCAAAUCAAACCGUGAAUCGCGAGACAGCAAACUUCAAAGGCACCCGUAUCGCCGGAAACGCAAUCUACGCCUCUAUCACCACCAUUCUGACGGCGUCCUCAAGCCUCGUGAACGAAUACCGAAGGCUAGACGACAUGAUUACGAAACUACGAAACGAGCAGCCUGCAGCUCUGGUAGACACAUGGAAGCAUGAUGUCGAGGAUACAGACCGGCAGCUCAGGAGGGGAGCUCGCGUUGCAUUGAGAAAUGUGAAGAAGAUGCUGGAUGCUGAUGUAGAGGAUGUUGUAAUGGGUGAGGCGGAUGAAGAUGGGGACGUGAAGAUGGAGGAUGGAGAGGAGGUUGAGCUUAACUACGAGUUGAGGAAGAGUUUAAGGUAUGCGGAGAGGGGUGUUAAGAGGAUGGUGAAGGGGUUGCCCAUGGGUGCCCUCAAGUAUGUCGAAGAACUUCAGAAGAAGAAGCAGUCGGACAUGAUGCGCUUCUUGAUGCGCGUUCGCUGCUGGGAGCUUCGCCAACUUAAGGUCAUCCACCGCGCAAGCCGCCCCUCGCGUCCCGACAAGGCCCGCCGUCUCGGAUACAAGGCCAAGCAGGGUUACGUUAUCUACCGCAUCCGCGUCCGCCGUGGAGGUCGCAAGAGGCAGGCUCCCAAGGGCGCCACCUACGGAAAGCCUACCAACCAGGGUAUCAACCAGCUCAAGUACCAGCGCUCCCUCAAGUCCACCGCUGAGGAGCGUAUCGGCCGCCGCUGCGCCAACCUCCGCGUCCUCAACUCCUACUGGAUCAACCAGGACUCCACCUACAAGUACUACGAGGUCAUCUGCGUCGACCCCCAGCACAAGGCUAUCCGCCGCGACCCUCGCAUCAACUGGAUCGUCAAGCCCGUCCACAAGCACCGCGAGGCUCGUGGUCUCACCGCCACCGGCAAGAAGAGCCGUGGUCUCGGCCGUGGACACAAGUUCAACAACACCAGUGCCGGCAGGAGGAAGACCUGGAAGAGGCACAACACCCUCUCCCUCUGGCGCUACCGUUAA